UAUUUUACUAUUAGUAUAAACUUGAGAAUUGAAAUGAAAAAAAAAAAUAUGUGAAGUUGUUUGAAGUAAGUAAAAUAAUUUAGUCAAACAUAUGUCAAAAUUGAGCGAUUGGAGUACUAGAGCGGGGAAGUGCCGGAAAAUUAACGGCUCCACAUAUACGACCGCGGGAAUGGUGGCAAGUGGCAACUGCGUGACAAUGAACUCACAGCGGCAUUUCAUCAAACAGUUGAUACGCAGAACAAAGAGCUUAUUACAGCUCGGAAUAUGCCGCCCAUUCUCUUCAUCGGCAACGCCAGUGCUAACUGAUCGAAAGAAAUGCCUCUACACCUCGCUUUUCUGCACACUUGUCCACCUAUUCCUUCGUUGCCGCCGCCUUUCUAAAGCCAAGGAAACUUUCUGUUCAAUGAGAAAUUACAAUCUUGUCCCUGACCUUCCUUCUUGGAACCGUCUCUUGAGUCAUUUCAAUUCUGUAGGUUUGGUUGAUGAGGUAAUUUUACUGUAUUCCGAUAUGCUUUCUUCUGGAGUUGCUUCCAAUGUAGUCACUCGCAAUGUAGUCGUGCAUUCGCUUUGUAAAAUUGGAAGAAUUGAAGAGGCUAUUGUAUUAGUCAAAGAGAAUGAAAGUGAUACUGUUACUUAUAACACUUUGAUAUGGGGUUUUUGCAGAAUUGGGUUAGUGGAAAUGGGAUUUGGGUUGGUGUCUGAUAUGUUGAAGAGGGGUAUUUUUGUUGAUACUAUCACUUGUAAUGUAUUAAUUAAGGGGUUUUGUGAUAAGGGUCUUUUGUAUAAUGCAGAAUUGGUGAUGGAAAUGAUGAGUGAUAGAGAUAGGGGCGUUGGUAAAGACGUCGGUUUUAACACUAUAAUUCAUGGAUAUCGUAAGGCUGUUGAGAUGAGUGGUGGUAUUGAGAUGGUGAAGAGGAUGAAGAGAGAAGGUUUAUCACUUGACAUUGUUACGUGUAAUACUUUGAUUAAUGGUUUUGGCAUAAUGGGAGAUUUUUAUGCUGUAAAAUAUAUCAAGGAUGAGCUCUUGGACUCUUAUGCCGUUGAUGAGGAAAAACACAAUGAUGAUGGUGAAAAUAAGGGCCUGGUAGUUGGAGACUUGGGCUUAGAACCAAAUACUAUUACAUAUACCACGUUGAUUAGUAAAUAUGUUAAGUGGUUUCAGUUUGAGAAAGUAUUUGCUGCAUAUGCAGAAAUGAAAAAGCGUGGCUUCUGCUGUGAUAUUGUUACCUAUAAUUCCCUUAUAUAUGGCCUAUGUAAAUGUGGGCGGUUACACGAGGCCAAAUUACUUCUUGAUGAGAUCAGAAGAGUGGGUGUGGAUCCUAAUCAUGUGACAUACUCUAUUUUUAUUCAUUACUUGUACAAAAAUAGGGCUGAAAAAGUUGCUGCUAACUUUCAAAGUCAAAUAGUGAUUAGAGGAUUGUCCUUUGAUGUUGUUUUGUUUACCUCUUUGAUGGAUGGGCUUUUUAAAGUUGGAAGAUCCAGGGAGGCAAAGGACAUGUUUCAGAUACUCUUGAAAUCUAACAUAACUCCAAAUCAUAUUACCUAUACUGCAUUGAUUGAUGGGCACUUUAAAUCUGGUGACCUAAAGAGUGCAGAGCUUUUACUGCAACAAAUGGAACAGAAAUGUGUUCUACCCAAUGUUGUCACAUUUUCUUCUGUAAUUAAUGGUUAUGCCAAAAGUGGAAUGAUUGAUGCAGCUAUGGAAACAAUGAGGAAAAUGGUAUGCAUGAAUGUUAGCCCUAAUGUUUUCACAUAUAAUACCCUGAUUGAUGGCUGCUUUAAGGCUGGUAGACAUGAUGUGGCUCUUGCCCUGUAUGAGGAAAUGCAGUCGAAUGGUGUUGAGGAGAAUGAAUUCUUGUUAGAUACAUUUGUGAAUAAUUUGAAAAAACUGGGUAAAAUGGAUGAAGCGGAGGCACUUUUUAUGGGUAUGGUAUCUAAGGGUUUGUCACCUGAUAAUGUUAACUACACAUCAUUGAUGGAUGGACUCUUUAAAAGAGGGAAGGAGUCAGAUGCUCUUCAAUUGGUCGAAGAGAUGAAAGAGAAAAAAAUAUGCUUUGACACAAUAGCAUGCAAUGUACUGCUUAACGGAUUAUUGAGAAUCGGCCAGUAUGAGAUACAGUCUGUUUAUGCCGAAAUUAGGAAACUUGAUCUAGUUCCAGAUAUUCAAACUUUCAAUUCUUUAAUUAAUGCUUUCUGCAAAGAGGGGAAGCUGGAAAGUGCUGUCAAACUCUGGGGUGAAAUGAAGAGCUGUGGGAUAAUGCCUAAUUCAGUCACUUGUAAUAUAUUGGUGAAAGGACUUUGUGAAGUUGGUGAUAUUGAAAAAGCAAUGGAUUUGUUAAUGGACGUGGUGACAAUUGGUUUUCAUCUUUCACCAGCUAUUCACAAAAUUGUUCUCGAUGCUGCUUCAAGCCAUAGAAGAGCAGAUAUAAUCCUGAUAAUGCAUGAGCGGCUUGUAGGAAUGGGGCUUAAGCUUGAUCAGACUGUUUACAACACUCUUAUUGCUGUUUUAUGCAGGCUAGGGAUGACCAGAAAGGCAAUGCCAGUACUAGAAAAUAUGAGAGAAAAAGGAUUUUCAGCUGAUACUAUUACUUAUAAUGCCUUCAUACGUGGAUAUUGCAAAAGUUACCAAUUUCAGAAGGUUUUCAAAACGUAUUCUGAGAUGCUGGCUGAAGGAGUUCCUCCUAAUGUUGCAACAUACAACACUAUGUUAGCAUCUCUGUCAGCUGUUGGAAUGAUGAAUGAAGCAGCUGAAUUGUUCAAUGAAAUGAAAGGAAGGGGUUUUGUCCCUAAUGCUUAUACAUAUGACAUUUUAGUUUCUGGCCAUGGGAAAAUUGAAAAUAAACAGGAAUCCAUCAAACUUUACUGUGAGAUGAUUACAAAAGGUUUUGUUCCUCGCACUAGUACCUAUAAUGUACUCAUCUUUGACUUUGCAAAGGUGGGAAAAAUGAGACAGGCCCAGGAACUACUGCACGAAAUGCAAGUCAGAGGGGUAAUACCAAAUUCUUCAACAUACGACAUACUAAUAAUUGGGUGGUCUAAUCUAUCAAAAAGGGUGGAGCUUGAAAGGGCAUUGAGACUGUCAUGCCAGAGUGAGCUAAAAAAGUUACUUGAAGAGAUGAAAGAUAAAGGAUUCACUCCAAAAGAAACCACCCUUAGUUAUAUCUAUCCUGAAUUUUUCAAAAUCAGGAGAAAAUGAUACAGAAUGGUGGUUGAGCAGAUGGCGCAAGACAACGCAGAGUUGAUUCUUGAAAAAUUUAGAAGUUUCUCUAGGAUGAAAUUUCUUUAUUUUUUGGUUUCUCUCUUGACACAUCAGGUUAAGUGAUGUGGAUGAGAGAAGCGAGCAGAUGAGAAGAAACAAACAAUGCAAAGGACCUGGAGAAAAAAAAGAAGAGAAAUCAGGAUUAAAUAUCUGUUUUCAAGAAUUUCGCAGAAAUAUGACGGUUAAUUCGGGGCUAUGGGGGUAGUUUCAUAUGCAGAAAUAGUGCUAAUGACAACAACAACAACACGAUGCUUCAAUUCUAGGACCAAACUGGUCAGUUCAACUAUAUGAUACGUGGAUUAAGUUUUUCACUAUAUGCUGAACCAACAAAUGAUCUUGAAGCAAAGUUUCCAGGAAUUGUCUGCACUUGAAGCUAAAUACUAGAACCUGUAUGAACCAUUGAAUAUAGAGAGAGAUGUUUUCAACUUCUGGAGGACUGCAAUGAAGAAUAAUGAGAUAUCUGCAGAGGAGGAUUGAUGAUCUAAAGGCUUUUAAGCUUCAUUUCUUUUAUUGAUACAACUCCUUUUCUCAAGAAUCCCGUCUUUACAAAAACCCAUCACAUGAUCAAUGAUGAUGAGCAUAUAUCAGAGAAGGCCAUAGGGAGCAAUAUUUUAAUGGUAUCCACUGGUAAACGUUUCACAAGAUCCUGAAAGGGAAUUCAAUCACGGGGCCAAAAGAUGCUAAACCCAUAAUCAGUCCGUAUCCUUAAUCAGCAACAAAUUGGCAAAGAUGAUGAUGACGAUAAUGAAGAUGUUGUUGGUUCAACAACUUUUAUUCUAUGUUGCCGUACCCAUAUCGAAUCCUCAAAAAAUGCACUACUUUUGGAGGCUGAAGGCCUCCAGAAUCUAAUGGGAAAAAUACGACAUUGGCUCAGUUGCUGCUGGUUUCUUAGCUUUGGAUUUUGUUGAUGUCCAUAUAACAGUCAAUCUAAUCAACAGCGUCGACGUGCAUGGUGCCAUAUUGAAUGGGUGAAUUUGAUAUUUCAAUUUGCGGCUCCUAUAGCAACUUGAUAAUUCAGGACAAAAUCAUCCCCCUUGCUGCUACAUGGUUUAUGGAGGCUCUUGGAAGGGAUGAAUUUGAAGAAGAUGAGGAUGAAGAAAAGGACUGUUAGGAGGAUGACUGGAUCAAGAAGAGAAGAGCAAAAAUAAUGUAUUAGUCAUCAGCACUAAAGAUGAGAUGAAUGGCUUUUGUGGCAUUUUUCGAAGGUAAACAAUCAAAGUUGCUUUUCCUUUUUAUUUUAGUAUGUGACAUAUGUUUAUUCAACAAAACCAUGGAAGAGUGCCAUAGCAGAAGUUGAAGAAGGACAGCAUGGAGAACGUCCUACCGAGGGCGAACAGCAGUUUGUAUUCUGUUUAAUUGUUCAAACUGGAUGAUUAGUUUAUGUUUCGCAUCGGAAUUAUGCUGCCUAGCUCAGAGUUUAAAUUGCACUGAGGAUUCAGGUGGAGCUUGAAACAUUUGGUUUUUCAUUGUACUAUGAGCUUCUUCAACUCAGUUUUGUGGUCUCCGGACCCUCUAUGCAUAGUGGAAAUUUUAGUACACCAAGGCGAACCUAAUUACAUCAUAAUAGGUGGAAUCAGCUCUUACGACGGCGGCAUCAGUUAGUUUGCUUGGACUUGGACUAGUCGUUAAUUUAUUAUACAGCUCAGUCAGCAUUCAUUCUUUCUUUCUUUCUCGAAAGGUCCAUCUCUCUCUCAUCCUGAAACAGAAUGUGGCCAAUGAAUAAAUGUAUCAGCCUGUAGCAUUAUUAAUACUAUGUCCUGUUAAAAAUUAUUAGAUGUGACACAUCAUGAAAUAUUUUGAGAAGAUCUUGAGUGCUUUCCCAUCUUCAAAA